UUUUUGUAUAACACGCUACUAUUGAGGGAUCUUUAUCUUCUCAAGGCCUUUCCGCGUACUCGAUUAUAGAGUCCUUCUUAUGACUCUCAGUGAGCCUUCAUUCAAAACCAAAGAUGAAGCUAAAGACUUCUUGAAGUGUUUGUUCGAUCAAGAACUUACUGUCCACGUAUCAGAUGGUCGAAGAUAUAUUGGAAGCUUUUGGUGCACAGAUAAUGUUGGAAAUAUUGUAAUGGGUUCGUGUACAGAGUAUCCGGCACCUGAUUCAGCAUCCGACAAUUCGCUAAGAGAUUUAACCACUGUUGUUAUCCCUGGACAGCACAUAAUAAAAAUUGAAUGUGAUAGUCGUUUGCUAGCAAAUUGAUUUUUUUAAUAUAAAACUUUUAACUCAUUUACUCCCCUUCUGUUCUGCUGUCCUGUUAAUUUUUAUUUUUCAUAUAGUGAUUUUUAUUUUAGUUCUCUUAUUAGUGUUUAAAGGUGAAUGAUACAAAGUUAGUAAAUAAAGCAUCAUUAGAUACGUUGAAUCUAUGUACUUACCAAAGAGGGAAAGAAGGAUGAUUAAAAAAAUAAUUUGUGUUGUUUCUGCAUAUUGGUUUAUUUCCAUUUCCUUGGUAUUUAUAAACAAAUGGUUAUUGAGUGAUAAGUCUGUAUCGGUAAGUACUCAACAUCGCUGGUUAAUAAUAAACAAAAAUUACUUAAUCAGCUAAAUGCACCGAUAUUUAUAACUUGGUUUCAAUGUGCAGUUACAGCAUUUCUAUGUUAUUUAACAUCGUAUCUAGCUAUGCUGUUACCUAGUCAUGUGAAGUUUCCACAGUUGAACUUUUCUUUUAAAACGUCAAUUGAAGUAGGCGACACGUUACUAAUAAAUUAUUUUUCAGAUCUUGCCACUGUCUAUAAUAUUUGUUUCAAUGGUCUGCUUUAACAACCUAUGCCUGAAGUACUUGAGUGUUUCGUUUUAUUUUUUAGCACGAUCACUAACUACAAUCUUCAACGUUAUAUUUACUUAUUUACUGCUAAAUACGAAAACUUCAACAAAGGCAUUGAUUUGUUGUGCUGCCAUAAUUGUUGGAUAUUGUGCUGGAGUAAUUGUUGAGGGUAAUUUAGGUUCUUUAAGUUGGAUUGGAUUAGUGUUUGGUAUUGCAUCUAGCAUUACUUGUGCAUUAAAUUCUAUCUACACAGCAAAGUGUUUACCAAAAGUGGAAGGGAGUGUAUGGAGACUUACAUUUUACAAUAAUCUUAAUUCACUUUUUUUAUCAAUCCCUAUUAUUGGCUUAUUGGAAUAUCAACCAAUUAAGGAACAUUUUUUUCAUACUAGUGCUUAUUUCUGGUUUAUUAUGGUAAUUAGUGGAAUAUUUGGAUUUGCUAUUGGUUACAUCAGUACACUACAAAUUCAAGUGACCAGUCCAUUAACUCAUAAUGUUUCUGGUACUGCUAAGGCAGCUGCACAGACAGUACUAGCUGUGAUAAUUUAUCACGAAAUCAAAUCAAUUUCAUGGUGGCUUAGUAAUAUUGUUGUUUUAGGCGGAUCAGCAGUUUAUGCAGCUGUUCGACAUAUAGAACAUGAACAAAAAUCUAAAGGAUCAAUGAAUUUUAAUCGAAAUGAUAAUUAUUUUACUAGUGUGGUUGUUGUUGGUAGUGAUGAUAAAGAUGUUGAUGAUGCCAAACAUGGUCUUCUCAAUUUUGUGAAUAAUGACAAUCGUAAUGAUGAAGAUGAUUUAUAUGAUAAGAACCGUGUAUUAUCUUCAUCUAAAGAUUCAUUAGUUUCAUAAUUUCUUGGUAUUCUCUUGUAUUUUGUCUUUUUUUUUGUAAAGGGAUUACAUUUUUUUGCUCUCUAUGGGCUGCUUAAUAACUUGAUUUCACUGUGAUAUGAAAUAAAUGUUUAGAUUCAGUAGAA